AGGAAUUAGUUUCUCUCUCAGACACGGAGUCCGAGGCAGCCGCUUCCGAAGCUUUCUCCGCCAAAAUGAAGAUCUACGCCGGUUGCUGCUUCUUCUCCUCCUAAAGUCACACACCGACGUGAAGCUCUCUCUGUCUCCUCCUUCCAUGGCGUCAAUUGUUGCUUCUCCUCCACCUUCUGAACCACCAGACCCAGACCUUGACGUAGUGUUUCCGGUGGACCCUCCUGACCCUCCAGUCCCCCCAGAUCCUCCGCCGCGUCUCCCUCUCUCCAACCCUCCUUCGUUUCACUUGCUCGCCCAUUCGGAGCUUCUACCGCAUAUAGAUCUGGCCUGUUCUCUAUUCAUCACUGCUAGAGCCGCCUCUGUUAUCCGUGACUACCAUGGGAGCAUCUCAUCAUCUUCAAGUCCCAGAUCUGCUAGCCUCGUCUCUUGCUGUCAAGGUCUUCAACGUACAAGGCUUCUUCUUCUUUUGCAAUCUAUCACCACUCAUUCAGCCAUCGACGAUCUGAAGAUUGGUCUCUCCGACGAGAUCUGCCAAUCUGGCAAAGCACCUGAAACACUUCAUAUCCAUCUCGUCGAGAGUGCCGUUUGGUCUGGUUUUCUUUGUGGUGUUCACUGCGGCUCAGUCGACGGCCUACUCUCCACCACCAGAAGUUGCUCUGUUCAGUCCAAGCCUCCCUUUGACGUAGCUCCCGGUACCUGCGCUUUCAUGUUAAGUUUGAUAGAGCUUGAUGACAAGCUGACUUGGUUGGUCUCAGGCAAACUACAGAUCCAUCACGGUAAUGUUGGUUUCCAAAGUAUAUGUCUGAGCUCAACCAUAGCUUACUCUUCAACGCUUGUCAAAGUCACACGUCGGGUGGUCUCGAGUUACAAUGAUAACAGAUCUUCUGCCAACAAUACUCCGCUCCAGUUCUGCUACCGCAAAGAUAAAUCCGAGCAGUAUCUUGUUGAGGCUUUGCUACAGAAACUGCCACAACCAGGCUCCACAUCUGAAAAUUCCGACGUACGCUGUUUCACUCCGAGCUUUUCCGACGACUGGCAACAGGGCUUUAGUUCCGUCAAAACUUUAUGGCGCCAUCACGGUAAUGCUGGAGCUAAAAGCCUUUGUCGUAAUUCAGCUUUUGUUAAUGCCUUAGAAGUCCUCGUCAAGCUCCAUUAUAUUGUCAUUGUCGUGAAUGUGGCCACCUUAUCACUAUUGGAUUCACCUAGUCCAUGCUUUCAAGCCUCGACCGUCUCACUGUCCUUCUCAGCAAACAUUAUGCUCGCCGAAGAUUCGAGGCCAUCACGUUUCGAUCGGCACUCUACAAGGCGCUAACCUUGGAGUUUUCUACACUCAAGGUUCUCUCCGACAGAUUAACGCUCAUGAGAGCUAUCACCGGCAAUCUCCAGUCAAAAGAAAUCAUCGGAACUGUGAAAGACAUCCGUUCGAUCUCCUCUGGUUUUGCAACAAUUUCCUUUUAUCAUGUUUAUGUUUUCCGCAAAAAGCUUUUCAAGCUCAUUUCCCUUUGUAACGGACAUCAUGAUUUGGGCCAUCGUUUUGGGCUCAUUUCUUCUUCUUA